ACUAAGUAAAAACAGCCAAUUUUCGAUCCUCUCCUACACACACUAAACUAACACACACACCUCUUUUUUAAUUUGUCCAAAAAUGAGGAUUGCUGCUAUUGCUGUCGUAAACCCAUGCACCACUUCUAAAGAGCAAUAUUCUUUUAAACUCCCAAGUGUCACCACUACAGCGGCCACUGGCCACGGUACUACUACUAGUACUACUACUACUGCUGUUUCUACAUUGCAACUCAACAACACUACUAAGAAUUCCGACUUCUCCUGGACUUCGUUAAAGUAUGACUCGCUCAGUGCUCAUGAGUACACUCACGCGCUUAAACUCGGGAACAAAUGGAAGGAGUAUCAAGGGAUCAAUAACUGGGAAGGCUUGCUUGAUCCGCUCGACGAUAAUUUAAGAGAUGAAAUAUUAAGGUAUGGUCAGUUUGUUGAAGCCGCGUAUCGGGCUUGUGAUUUUGAUUCUUCUUCUCCCAAUUACGGGACAUCUAAGUUCCCCCGGAGGUCGCUUUUGACCAGGUCCGGGAUCGGAGAAACGGGCUAUCGUGUUAUCAAGAGCCUUAAAGCCAGUUGUGGGAUACAGUUGCCACGUUGGAUUCAUAGAGCGCCAGGCUGGAUUUGGAGACAGUCCAGUUGGAUUGGUUACGUGGCAGUCUGUCAGGACAAGGACGAGAUUGCCAGGCUUGGAAGGCGUGACGUGGUGAUUGCUUACCGGGGAACCGCUACUCGAAUGGAGUGGAUUGAGAAUCUCCGAGCGACGUUGACUCCACUACCUGAGGAUAUGGCGAAUGUGGGUCCGGAAAGCAGCAGUACUGGGGCCAUGGUGGAGAGCGGGUUCUUGAGCCUUUACACCUCAUCCACCGCCAAGUGUCCUAGUUUACAAGACAUGGUAAGGGAGGCGAUUGCCAAGGUUCUAAAAAUAUACGGCAACCAACCACUGAGCAUCACCGUCACCGGACACAGCCUCGGGGCCGCCCUGGCGACUCUCACAGCAUACGACAUAAACUCCACCUUCCCUAAUGCACCCAUGGUAACCGUAAUGUCCUUCGGCGGACCACGGGUAGGGAAUCAGAGCUUCAGACGCCAGCUGGAAAGGAAUGGGACACGAGUCCUACGGAUCGUGAACUCCGAUGAUCUCAUCACAAAAGUACCAGGAUUCGUGAUUGAUAAUAAUGAUAUGGUGGAUAGAGGUACUGCAAACGUGGUAGGGUUUCCCUCGUGGCUACAGAAGCGAGUGGAGGACACGCAGUGGGUUUAUGCUGACGUGGGACAAGAGCUGAGACUGAGUAGUAAGGACUGUCCACACCUAAGCAAGGGGAAUGUGGCCACGUGUCAUGAGCUCAGCACGUACUUACAAUUAGUAAAUGCUUAUGUUAGUUCUAAAUGUCCUUUCAGGGACAGCUUAAAGUAUAGCAGAGAAAAGUUAGAGAGACUGGUGGAGGUGUAAUGUCCAUUCAUUUGAUUUUUGUAUAUAAAAACCUCGUUCGUUCAAUUUGAAACUUUUGAUUUUGCAUAUAUAAAAGACUUGUUCGUUCAACAGUCAAAAAAAAAAAAACCUUGUUCGUUCAAUUUGAAACUCUUUGGGUUCCUUUGGAGCAUGGGAUGAAGUGCCGUAUUAGAUAAAAGCACUUGUCCUAU